AAUCAAGUGAUUCCACUCACUCUCAUUCCACCAUAGUCUGCAACAUUAAAAAUCAUUAUAGAUUCCAGUGUUUCUAGACAACUCUGCUCCAGAAAUACGAUAUAGAGAUCUAAUAUUUAUUAGGCAAAGGACCCAAAGCAAGGAUAAUGGCUGAUUUAUUUGUGGUGCUGCCCCCUGUGACCUCCCAUAAUGCUGUUGUGUUUGGGAAGAACUCCAACAGACCAGCUUCAGAAGUGCAAGAUGUCAUAUACUGUCCACCCAAAGAUUACCCUGAUGGUGAAAAAGUCAAGUGUACUUACAUUGAGCUGGAUCAAGUAGGACACACAAAUGCUGUCAUCUUGAGUAAACCCUCAUGGAUGUGGGGGGCAGAGAUGGGAGCUAAUGACAAGGGUGUGGCUGUUGGGAAUGCACCAGUUUGGACCAAAUUAAAUGGACCAGAAGAUUUAGAGAAAAAACUUCUUGGAACUGACCUAGUCAGGCUGAGCCUAGAGAGGGCUUCCUCAGCAUCCGAGGCACUGAACAUCCUCACCACAUUGCUAGAAAACCCAGGCCAGGGUGGGCCAUGUACUGAUGAGCCAGGCAAAAAUGGAUGGUGUUUCCACAACAGCUUCCUCAUAGCAGACAGCUCAGAAGCCUGGGUUCUUGAGACAGCUGGAAGACUGUGGGCUGCUGAGAAAAUAACAGAGGGCUACAGAAACUGUUCCAAUGAAUUAAGCAUAAGAACCAAAAUGGACCUGACCUCUCCUAACUUAAUAGAAGAAGCCAAAAGUUUAGGUCUGUACACUGAAGACAUGGGGCCGUUUGACUUCAAGACAACUUUCUGUUCUCAGUCCUUGUCAGCACAUGACAUGGCCAACAGCACUUGUUUCAGAUUCCGACAUGGGAGGGAGCUCAUGGAAAAGGCUGCAAACACAGGUAAAUUUGGCUACCAAGACAUGUUCAAAAUCCUGCGAGAUGAAGACGGAGGUAUUUGCAUGAUGGACGGAGGCUUUAUCACCGCUGGCAGCCAGGUGUCUGUCCUACUUCCUCCCUCUGCCCUGGCACCCAGCGUCCACUGGUUCACUGGCACUCCUAACCCAGCCACCUCCAUCUACAAGCCAUUCUUCUUCGGCCCUGGCGCUGCCGUGGGUGACGUCACCGUGUCUCCCCCAAGUGAAGCUGGCACCGAGCAGGCAGAGAAGGGUCACGCCUUGUACCGGGGUCACAAGAAACUCUGUAACCUCAUGGACACACAGGAGGAGAAAGGUCACUGCGUGCUGGCCCAGCUGCGGGAACUGGAAAAAAAAUGCUGCGAAGACGUGGACGAAAUAGUGGCCAACUACAACGAGGCAAGUUUCCCCAAGCUGAAGCAGAUUUUCCAACACCUGGCUACAAUGGAGAUCAACUUCUACCUCUGAUAGACCGGCUCAAUAAUUUUUUUCUAUGUGCUUUCAUCUGAUGCAUACCAAAGCUUGCUUACAUUUAGAUUUACACCAAUAAAAACAAGUUUUGUUUAGAGUUUGUGCAAUAUAAUUCUAUAUCUUAAUUAAAUGUCGCAUUUUUUAAUUACUUAUUUAAUUUUUGCUUUAAGCAUGACUAAAAUGUUACAAUUUUUCAAUUUAAAAGUGAGUUUCAUUGCAAGUUGUGUACUGAGUUAGAAAAAUGUUAAUCCGUAAGAGUGGAUGUAGAGAGAUAUUUGUUGUGACUGCUACUAAGUUGCAGUGCUAGAGAUCUCUUCUGAUCCAACAAGUUAGCCCAUCCAUGACUUGUGACUCUACAGUCAUUUUGCAUGGUGCUUGUGGGCAAUAUGAUGACCAAUACUCCCUGUAUGUUGGCCUGUGGACUUGACUGAUGUAUAUUAUGUUUGAUGUAGAAUGUGUACUUUGAAUAUCUUACAUGCAAGAACUAAGUAGACAUAUGUGUUCCAUAUAUUGGUGUACACAUUGGUGUUUGUCUGUUGCAACAUGCAAACAUUACCAUUGUAGAUGUGCUACAUCAAAUAGUUAUACCAUGUGUAAUAUAUUUGUUUUAGUCCAUUUUUUAUACACAGGACAUAUCAAUGCCUGAUUUUUUUUCACAACACUGUGAUUUAUUUAUUAAAUGUUGCCAUAGAUUUAGGCAUUUUUAUUUGGACCAUUAUUUUUUGGCAAUAAUUAUGUGCAAUAUUAUACAUUCCAGUUUUUUUUUUAUUUUUUUUUUUACAAUCAUUUAUAUCAUGCUUUUCAUGUAUUAAAUUGAUUAAUAUUUUUGUUCUAUAUUAAGUAUUAAAAUAUUUAUAAUUUGUGUAUUUUUAAACUUCUUUUCACCCUGAUUUUUUAUUUUGAUUAUACCAAAUUUACUUCAUGAAACCUGUAAGAAAGAAGGUACAUUUUUUUACAACUGUUUGGCUUUCAUUAUAAGGCAAUUUCAACCUUCAUUAAUUCUCUUUUAGUAUUUAGAUGUUGUGUAGUGAUUAUUGUGCUCGGUGUACUUAUAUAUUUAGCUACAGCUUCUGUAGGUCCAUCUGUACAACAGGGUAAAAGUGUGACUUUAUGUUAUCAGUUAGAUUCCAACAAGCAAGCUAAUAUAGAACAAUCAGUCCCAGCCUCUACCAACAUGCAACAUGUAGAAGUUUAGAUAAGGAUUUUAUGAUUAAAGCUUGUUGUAUGUUUGCUUGUAGCAUCUGAUUCUUUUGUUUAACUAAUAAAAAAGUUU